AUGUCCGCCCUCAAGGCCCUGACUCCCCCUGUGCGCCCACCUCGGCGCCACCCCUCCCCCCAAAACUCGCGUGCUAUCACCGACGCCAAGCGCCGCGCCUCAGAAAGACUCGCCGACGCCCCGUCGCUGUUCGAGUUCAUGGCCUCUUCUCGGGCGCGAACCGACCCCGGAGGCGCCCCCCACCCGACGACUCCCCGCCUCCACGUGUCCCCGACCGCACUCGGCCGAAAGGUGCACAUCGAGAGCUUCGGCUGCCAAAUGAACGUCAACGACACACAACUCGUCUACGGCAUCCUCCAAUCCGCCGGAUACGGACUCGCGGAGACGCCCGAUGACGCGGACGUCAUCCUCCUGAACACCUGCGCCGUCCGAGAGCGCGCAGAGCAGAAAGUCUGGUCCAGACUCGCUCAAAUCCGACAUUCCGCGAGACCCAGCAGGCCUCUCGUGGGCGUUCUAGGAUGCAUGGCCGAGCGCCUGAAAGAACAAAUCCUCGAAAAAGAAAAACUAGUCGACCUCAUCGCCGGCCCCGACUCCUACAGGGACCUCCCUCUCCUGCUGUCCCGCGCCGAAAACGGCGAGAAGGCCGUGCAGGUCAUGCUCUCCUACGACGAAACUUACGCUGAUGUCUCCCCUGUUCGCAUGUCCGACAAUGGCGUCUCCGCCUACGUGAGUAUCAUGCGCGGCUGUAACCAGCACUGCACCUAUUGCAUAGUCCCCAGAACCCGUGGCGUCGAGCGAAGCCGCCCCGCAGACUCCAUCGAGCGUGAAAUCCGAGAACUAAGCCUCCAAGGCUACAAAGAAGUAACCCUACUCGGCCAAAACGUCAACAGCUACAACGAUAAAACCUCCUUCCCAGACCACUCCAACCUACCCGACGUCCAAACCGCCAAGGGAUUCACCACUGUCUACCGCACGCCCAAAGCCGGCGUCACCUUCGCCGAACUCCUCGACCGAAUCAGCCUCAUCGACCCUGAAAUGAGAAUCCGCUUCACCUCCCCCCACCCAAAAGACUUCCCCGACCCCCUCCUCCGCGUCAUCCAGUCCAGACCCAACGUCUGCAAGGCACUCCACAUCCCCGCCCAGUCCGGCAACUCCGACGUGCUAUCACGCAUGCGCCGAGGAUACACUCGAGAAACCUACCUAGAACUCGUCGCACACAUCCGACAUGUGCUCUCCCCUAACGUCUCCCUCUCCAGCGACUUCAUCGUCGGGUUCUGCGACGAGAGCGACGCGGAACACCUCGACACGCUCUCCCUCGUCCAAACCGUCCAGUACGACCAAGCCUUCAUCUUCGCCUACUCCAUGCGCGAAAAAACGCCCGCCCACAGAAGAUACCUCGACAACGUCCCCGCUCACGUCAAAAGCGCCAGACUCUCUCAACUACUCGACGCCUUUCGCGCCUCCGUCACCGCCCGCAACCAGGCCAAACUCGGCACUCUCCAACUCGUCCUCGUCGAAAGAACCAGCAAACGAAACCCCGACACCCUCAUAGGACGCACCGACGGCAACAAAAAAGUCGCCUUCCCCCGCUCUCCUGUCCCCACCCUUCGACAAACCACCCCCCCCUCCGACAUCCACUUCGGCGACUACGUCGUCGUCCGGCUCACCGGCACCCUGGGCAUCAGCUUCACCGGCGUCGCCCUCGCCAAGGCAACCAUCGCCCAGUUCGCCGAACCCGGCCUCCAAGACGCCCUCGACCUCCUCUAA